UAUAUAUAUAUGUCCUUAACAUGCUCCUACUAAGCGUCCUUUAGUGAAAUACAGUUAAUUAAUUUAAAAUAAUACUUUUUUUGUAUGUUGAUUUGCAUGUUUUGAGAAUUUAAAGAGCAUUCAUGGAUAAUCAAACGUUUAGAUUUUCCACUCUGAGAAUCGAAGGAUUGAAAGUGGCCCCAGAGUUCACCUACCCUGCUUUCAUCCUGCUGCUCUUUAUGUAUGUCUUCAUCAUGAUUUUGAACCUCGGACUAGUCGUCUUGAUCUUUUUUGAAAAGAACUUGCACAACCCCAUGCACGUCCUUUUCUGUAACCUGCCACUGAAUGAUGUAAUCGGGCCCACUGCUGUCGUGCCCACUAUACUGGGGUACGUUUUCAAAGAAUCCUCAGAGCGCUAUGUAGGUUACGUGGAGUGUAUUAUCCAAGCGUACGUUACUCAUUUUUUUUCCACAACUUCCCACUCUAUACUAAUGAUCAUGGCAGUCGACCGGUAUGUGGCCAUAUGCAAUCCUCUGAGGUACACCACCAUAAUGACCAACAAAAUGGUGGCUAAACUGACUGCAUCAGCCUGGGGAGUGCCAGCAAUUCUGGUGGCAGUUCUGAUAGGCCUCACUGCACGCUUAUCUCACUGCACCUCAACCAUUUUCAACCCUUUCUGCGACAAUGCCUCGCUGUUCAAAUUAUCCUGCGAGGACACAUCGAUCAACAACAUAUACGGACUCACUUUCACUGUCGUGCUGCUGGUCUCCUCUGUGGGAACAGUACUAAUUACGUAUCUCCAUAUCGUCGUUCUUUGCGUGACAAGCAAAAACAAACAAAUGCAAAGCAAAGCCAUGAAAACCUGCAGCACUCAUCUGGCAGUCUAUGUAAUCAUGUUCGUCUCUGGAUUAAUUAUAGUCUUUCUCCAUCGCUUCCCUAACUUGUCAGAAAACAGGAAGGUAGCUAGUAUCAUGUUAAACGUUGUGCCUCCGUUUUUGAAUCCCAUAAUAUAUGGCGUACAAACUAAAGAAAUAAGACUAAAGAUAGUCCAACUUUUCACAGGACGUAAAGCAUUGAUGUAAAUCAGAUUUUUAAAAAAUGAAAAUAUAUAAAAUAAAGAUAAAAACAUAAAACAUUAUAUGAUCAUAACUUUAAAUUGAAAGUGUUUAAAUUGAAAAAGCAACUAUAUCACCUUUCUUCUUUAAUUUUUUUUAUAAGAAACAAAGCUGUUCUGUGCUAUCAAUUAAUUGCAUGCGAAUGUUAAUUUGGUAUUCACAUAC